CAGUCGGUCAGACUCAGACGAUCAUAUAGGGCGUCGACUCUCCCCCACUCUGUUUCAUGUUCCUGCUCGGGCAUUAAAACAAACAUCUUGCAUGCACGUAGACAGCACAGCCAACCGGCGCCAUAGCGGGUCUUGGACUUAUUUACAGAGUAUAGGAAAAAUCAAGAACCUCCAAAAACCAUCCGUUAGAGCGGUUUUAGAAAAACAGGAAUGAAGUACGUAUUAGUUACCGGCGGUGUCGUCAGUGGGCUGGGCAAGGGCGUAACUGCUAGCAGUAUCGGCGUCGUUCUUAAAGCUUGCGGCCUUCGCGUCACUUCCAUUAAGAUCGAUCCAUACUUGAAUACUGAUGCCGGUACCAUGUCUCCUUUUGAACAUGGGGAAGUUUUUGUUCUGGAUGAUGGAGGAGAGGUUGAUCUAGAUUUGGGGAAUUAUGAAAGAUUUUUGGAUGUGACGCUUACAAGAGACAACAACAUUACCACCGGGAAGAUAUAUCAGUCUGUCCUUGAAAAGGAACGGAAAGGAGAUUACCUUGGGAAGACAGUUCAGGUUGUUCCACAUGUCACUGAUGCAAUUAGGAAUUGGAUUGAAACAGUUUCUGUCAUUCCUGUGGAUGGGAAGGAGGGGCCUGCUGAUGUUUGUGUCAUUGAAUUGGGAGGCACUGUAGGUGAUAUUGAGUCUAUGCCAUUCAUUGAGGCUUUACGACAGUUAUUCUUCUCUGUUGGACAAGAUAACUUCUGCCUCAUCCAUGUCAGUCUUAUACCUGUUCUUGGGGUUGUGGGUGAGCAAAAAACUAAGCCUACACAACAUAGUGUAAGGGAACUAAGAGCUCUAGGCUUGACACCUCAUUUUUUGGCAUGCCGUUCUGCUGAGCCAUUGUUGGAAAGUACGAAGCUGAAGCUUUCCCAAUUUUGUCACGUAGCUGAUGGUAAUAUACUCAAUAUCCAUGACGUUCCAAAUAUUUGGCACAUUCCUCUUCUGCUUCGGAAUCAAAAUGCUCAUGAUGCCAUUUUGAAACACCUAAAUUUGAGGAGCGUUGCAACACCUCCUGAAUUACAGGAGUGGACCAAGAGGGCUGAGACUUUUGAUAACCUCCAAAAUAGUGUUCGAAUUGCGAUGGUUGGGAAAUAUGUUGGUUUACCAGAUUCUUAUUUAUCUGUAGUUAAGGCUCUUCUGCAUGCCUGCAUUGCUCGUUCACUGAAGCCAUCAGUUGACUGGAUUGCAGCUUCAGAUCUUGAAGAUGAAAGUUCAGAAUCGACACCAGAAGCUCAUACUGCUGCAUGGAGGACUCUAAGAGAGGCAGCAUGUGUCUUAGUACCUGGUGGGUUUGGAGACCGUGGUGUGAGGGGAAUGUUGUUGGCUGCCAAGUAUGCAAGGGAGAAUAAUGUUCCUUAUCUUGGGAUUUGCUUAGGCAUGCAGAUUGCUGUGAUUGAGUUUGCAAGAUCUGUUUUGGGUUUGCAAGGGGCAAACAGUACAGAGUUUGAUGCUGAUACUCAAAAUCCGGUUGUAAUUUUCAUGCCAGAGGGUUCUAAAACACAUAUGGGAAGUACCAUGAGGCUUGGUAGUCGGAGAACAUUGUUACAGACUCCUGAUUGUAUCACUGCAAAGCUGUAUCAUAACUCAGAAUAUGUGGAUGAGCGACAUCGACAUAGAUACGAGGUGAAUCCUGAAGUAGUUGGCAUUUUGGAGGAAGCUGGAUUGAGAUUUGUGGGAAAGGAUGAAAGUGGGAAAAGAAUGGAGAUCUUAGAGAAUCCCAGCCAUCCAUUCUAUGUGGGUGUUCAAUUUCAUCCAGAAUUCAAGUCACGACCAGGAAGACCCUCAGCUCUGUUUUUAGGGUUAAUUUUGGCGGCCACCGGGCAAUUGGAAGCAUACCUUACAAAGCAACAGAAUGGAAGCCUAUAGUCAUCAUUUUGGAUUGUUGCUCAACUUUACUAGGUACUUUGCAAUUUUGAGAGGACUUGGGUAAUUAAAGGCCUACGGAGUGCGGCUGGAAAUUGUUAAAAACAUUUUUAAAAGUAAGCAGUCGUUCUGACAUUUGCCCAAUUUUACCAAAUGUUAUUAUUUAUUGCAGUAAUUUGCGCAUCAAUUGCAUAUUCAUAGUAAGGGGUUCUUGUUUUGAGAUUGUCGAUCUCUCUUAGACUGAGUGAUCGUGAUGUUUUACCAAUUAGUAUGGGUGAAUUAGCCUUUUAGAUUUGUAGUGAUACACGAGACAAAACACAGUAAUUGUACAUUUGAGCUUCCACUCCCCAGGUAUUGAUGUCCGCAGUAUCCUGUAAAGAGCAUUUGAAGGUGAUGAAGCUGUGGAUAGGAAAAUGCUUGUAGACGGCCAUAUUUAUAUUUAGCAAAUUGUGAGGUGCGGAACUUGGAAUUGUAUGGCGAAAUAGUGAACUGAGGGGUGAGCUAUAAACCCUUUCAAUUCAAUUGGGGGUCUUCUGGGUUGAGCAACGAGUUAAAAUACUUUUAGCAUUAAUUUUAGUUUGGCCGUCAAUAAUGUUGACGGUAAAAUGUUUCA